AUGGCGGCCCGCGGCCGCUCCCUCCCUCCGACCGUUAGCCUCGCGAGACUUCCGUUACACUAUUACCGGCAUCCGGUCGUUGGGGCGGCCUUUUCUUUCGCGCAGCCGGAGAGGCAGGGAGUCUGCCGACCUAGACAACUUGAAAGAGUAAAAGAAAUGGAUCCACUUGACUUCGUGACAUCUGAUGUUACUAUAGAAAAUGAAAAUCAAAGUGAUGAUUCUUCAUCUGGAAGCAGUGUAUUUAAAACUCAGUGUAUUCCUACUUCACCUAAAUUGAGGCCAAGAAAUCCCAUCAGAAAAGUGCGUUCAUCUAAAGUUGUAGAGUCAACAGAUUCAUCCAGUGACUCGCCUCCAGAACCAAUAGGGAGACCACUGACAUUAAAAGCACUUAUUGAAAAAUUUAAGAAAAAGAAACAUAAAAGGAGAAAAAGGAAAUACAAGGCAACAGGCAGACCAAAAGGAAGACCAAAAGGACAGAAAAACACUAGAGCACAAGUAGAUAAGAAACAGUUUAAAGACAAAGGACCUAGAUUCUCCUUUUUAGAAUUAGAGAACGGAACUCAGCCCUUACCCUGGAGGAAAAUAUUAACCUUUGAGCAAGCGGUUGCAAGAGGAUUUUUUAAUUACAUUGAAAAGUUAAAGUAUGAAUACCACCUUAAAGAAUCUCUGAAACAAAUGGAUGUUGGUGAAGAUUUAGAAAAAGAAGAUCUUGAUACCCGUAGGUACAAAUAUUUGGAUGACGAUGGAUCUAUUUCUCCCAUUGAAGAAUCAGUAUCGGAUGACGACAAAGCAGCACACGCUGACCAGGAGGAAUGUGAUGUCCAACUGGUGGACAGUAGUUGUUUCAUAGUAAGUUCCGAAUUCCCAAAGCAGAGAAAGGUGAAGUCGGAAAAGAAUAGCAUUAAAGCAGCCGUUUUGUCUCAGAAGAAAGCCUUGAAAGUCAAAACACCUGGACAGAAGGCAGAGCCUCUUGAAAAUGAGAUGGGAACAUGACUGGAAGGCUUUUGAACGUAUCUGCAGUAGAAGGUUCAAAAGAUUGGAUCAUGUUGAUACAGUAAGUAGUAUACAUUGUGCUCAGAAACUAUUCUGAAAGUCUGGAUGCUAGGGAUACAACCCAUGUCUAUAUCUCAAGUGGCAGGAAUGAAGUAACAGCUGCUUGGAGCUGCUCUGCAUUUAUCACUACACUGCGGCGGCCACUAUGUGGCCUUUAUGUGCCUCUAGUUAGCCUUUUCUGUUGAUUCCUAGAUGUACUUAUCUAACUAGAAUACCUGUAGAUGUUUCUUGAGGUCUAUCCCGAUGGGGCUUUUUCUAUAGCCACUCAUCGUUGGAAACGCCUCGUAAAGCAACUCUGUGGUUCUGCUUUACUCCCAGGACUUUUUCUUAGGUCUGUGGGAAGAAACUACAAGACAAUUGCCAGAGUAUAUAAAACAACCAUCAUGUAUAAAAGGCCUAACAACAGUUUUUUUUAACCUUAGGUAUUGGGAGUGUUCCACAGGUGUUUUCAAGUAACGGCUUAGGCAUAACAACUGAUUAGGCGAGCUAAGCAAGGUGUUUUAUUAAUUGUAAUUGAGAGUCUUGGGAUGUUUGACCUUAAGAAUCAGGGGAACCCACUGUCUCUGAAGACCUGAGUACAUUGCUUGAAAUUGUUUACCAGAGAUUCUGGGUGGCGUUUUGACAAAUGAAGAUUAAUAGUAAUAAAUAAGGCAAGUGAAAUUGUCCUUGUUUUACCUACAAAUUUAAUGGUCAUUACCAAGGCUUUUGGAAUGCAGUUUCUGAUUUGCUGUGGACAUGACCAUAAAAAAUCUCCCACUGGGCUUUUUUUCUGCUACCUUGCUAGCAAGCAGUCUACUGGGAACAUUUUGCAUGAUCUUUUUAAAAAAGUGUUUCAAAUUUUACUGUUCUACCAGGUGAUCGUUGAUUUUUUUUUUUCUCUUACAGGAUUGAAGAAAACCAUGAAUGAAGCAACAGUUUUCAAAAGAUUGAAGAUGGAAGUAAAUGAAGAGAAUGUACACUGGAAGGAAUUGUAACAUGGGGAACUCCUUAAAUAAAAAUUUAUUAGCUUUAA